AUGGAUUGCUAUGCUUAUGAAAUCCAUCUCAGACAACGUUUGCUGCGAUAUGAUUUAUUCAACUUUGAAAAGGUGCCAUUAGAGAAGAGAUGGCUGGAGGUGAGUGUGGCCAACCUAACGUGCACCAGCUACUGGGUGGUGUACCUCCAGGUCAUCCAGGAGGCGGUAUGGCCAGGAGGAGUUCUCCCCGUCACCCUGCAACCUGAACGCAGCCAGCAGCAGAAGGACGCCACCAAGAAACAAGCGUUAGACUGUCUGAUGAGAGUUCUACCAGAUCUGGUCUCGGACAUGUUGGGCUCAGAUAAGUACAAACUCACUUGGCAGAGUGCUCUAGACUCUUUUCAAGACUCGUCCAUUAACAGACACCUGGUCUACUGUUUGUUGGAUCUUCUGUUGGACUUCCUGGUUCCUGAAAUCCCGGAGGAGGACUUCCAGAGAAGCCUUCUGCAGGCGCACUGUCGGACUGGAUGGGGAACCCAGGCAGCUUGCGGGAGCUCUGAGGGGAACACUGGAGAAGAGAACGAGGUAGAGGUGGUAGAGAGUUCUUGGGCCGCUCUGGAUGUGGGUAUUGUGGUCGGAGCAGUGGUCUCUUGGGAGAUUAAGGCCAUUCUCUGUAACGCAACGUACCGGCCGCCUUUUGAAGCCCCUUCCGCACGACUUGGAGCAGUGAGACCAGAUACCGACAUCCCAUUUGGGGCAUGGAUCUCCGCACGCCCUCACUGCCACCGGCCUGUCGGUAAUGCCGCAGUCCGCUGCAGGACGUCCUUCCAUGCUUUGGCACUGGACCAUCCUCCUCUGGAGACCAUUCCCACAAGAACCUCUGUAGCAGAGCUGGCCGUUGCCGCACCCCGUGCCGUCGGCCCAGGGGAAGUGGCGGGUCUGACACACCAACUGCCCGCGGGUUUUGCCGGUGCACCACAGCUUGGAGCAGGGCUGCAUGUAGGGGCAGGGCUUGGAGCCGAGGCCGAAGGCCAGCUCGCACUGCCGGUGCAGGCUGUAGCUGGAGCCCGGUAG